UCUGUAGUGUGUAUUAUUUCCCAGGGCACGGUAUGCUUCGGCAGUUUCGUGAUCGUGAUUUUUAAUACGAUUUUCAAGUUCAUUUUUCUGAUUGCAAUAAAAUAAAAACCGGAGUAGAGCCAUGGUGAAGCACGGGGAGAAAAAGGUUGACAAAGAGUAUGUGUUCGUGUUUCCCCAGAAACCGGAGCCGAAAACGUGGAGGCAGAUUAUCUGGGACGAAGAGGAAAGAAAAUUCUUCGGCCGUACGAAACAAAGCUGGUUUUACUUGUUCCUCUUCUAUGGAGUGUACUUUAUCAUUCUUUUCGCCGUGUUCUGGGGCUGCAUGGAAGGCCUUUUUCGAACGGUGAAUGACCAAUACCCGUACUACCAGCAGGCGGACUCGCUAAUCGGUGUAAACCCCGGCCUCGGCGUUCGGCCUUUGCCGCAGAAUCCGAAAAAGCCCGCCAUUAUACACUUCAAACCGGGAGGAUAUAAUGCCGAAAGUGAUUACUGGGUGACCCAACUGAACGAGUUUUUGCAGCCUUACUACAACACAUCAAUUCUGCCUGGGGAGGGAAAAAACCACGUGAAAUGUGAGCACGGAAUGCAGCCCCCACCGGAAUCUGUCUGCUCAGUUGAUACCAAACAAUUUGGUCCUUGCAAUCCGGAUAAUAAAUACGGUUACAACAGUACGCAGCCGUGCGUGUUUUUGAAGCUGAACCGGAUCUAUGGCUGGGAACCCGUCUACUACGAUGAUGUGAAUGAGCUGCCGGAAAAUAUGCCCCACGAUCUGGUCGAAUACAUCAAAAGCCUUCCGGUGGAGGACCGCAAGCAGCUUUGGGUUUCCUGCAAUGGAGUUUAUCCGGCCGACCAGGAAGCCGUUGGAAUAUUCCGCUACUAUCCUAGCCGAGGUAUUCCAUCAUCGUUCUAUCCGUACACGAACACCAAAGGAUAUCUGAGUCCGCUGAUUGCCAUCCAAUUCACGAAAUCGAAACGAAAGCAGAACAUGUUCGUCGAGUGCCGUGCAUGGGCGAAAAAUAUCAAAUACCAUGGAGGUUCCCGGUUACGUAUGGGUUCGGUGCUAUUUUCUAUGUUAAUCGAAUGAUAACAUGAGAAGGCUUGUAGAAGA